AUGUCAGCCAGCCCUGAAGUAAAGCCAGCCCAGCUGCCAGGCGCAGACGGCUCGGACCAUGAACAGGAGAAGGCAGUUACACCCGGCGCUGGCGACGAUGCAGCUGAGACUGGCAACGUAGCUGCCAAUGGGGGCGACUCGGACGACGAUGCGGACGCAAAGGCCGGCGCUGCUGGGGGCGAUGACUCGGAUGAUAAUGAUGCUGGUGGUGGUGGUGGCUCUGACGACGAGUCGGUUCUCUCCGAAGUCGACGAGGCGCAAUUCGAGGACUUUGACCCGGAAAAUGUCGACAUCGAAGAUCGGCCUCAGCUGGCUAUAGAUGAGGACAAUUUGAAGUUGAUCGGUCGUCACAAGCGCAAGAGGACGGAGGAAGGGGGUGAACGGUCCACACGCAAGAGGGAGGGACGAAGAGAGAAGAAAAGCCGUCGCAUGAAGGAGUUAGAGGAGGGUGGCAGUGAUGGGGAGGAGCGUUCCCGGAAGAAGGAACGUAAGAGGAGAGAAGCCGACCCGGUUGAUGAGGAGCUGCUCGAUCCUGCUACGCGUCGUCGCCGAGCGCUCGACCGUGCUAUGGACGAGGCUAUGAAGAAGCCGACUAAGAGACGAUUCAAGAAAGCGGAUGGCAUUGACUUGGAGCAAAUGGCCGAUGCCGAGAUUGAAGAUAUGCGCAAGCGUAUGACCCAUGCCGCUCAGAUGGACGCUAUCAAUAGGCGACAGGGCCAGCCUGCUAUGCACAAGCUCAAGAUGUUGCCCGAAGUUGUCUCAUUGCUCAACCGGAACCAAUAUGUCAACAGCUUGGUUGACCCGGAAAUCAACCUGUUGGAAGCCGUCAAGUUCUUCCUUGAACCCCUGGAUGACGGGUCUUUGCCUGCUUACAACAUUCAGCGGGAUCUAAUGACCUCGUUGACCAAGCUACCCAUCAACAAGGAAGCACUGAUUGCCAGCGGGAUCGGAAAGGUGAUUGUGUUCUAUACCAAAGCCAAAAGACCUGAACCUGGUAUCAAGCGCAUGGCAGAGCGUCUCCUUGCCGAGUGGACGCGACCAAUCUUACAACGCAGUGAUGAUUACUCGAAGCGAGUGUACCAGGAGGCUGCAUUCGACCCUACGAAAAUCACUUCACGUACUCAAUCGGCACAAGCUACUGCAGCGGAAGCGCGGGCACGAGAGCUUCUUCCUCCCCGUCUUGCCAACCGUGCUCGUGCCGAAAUCACUCACACCAGCUACACUGUUGUGCCACGUCCUACAAUGGUGCAGGAAAGCAAAUUCGCGCGUCCUCUGGGAGCCAGUGGAGAGGAUCGUUUCCGGAGAAUGCGUGCGCGACAGAUUGCAGCACAGAAGGGAUCUUCUCGAAGAUGA